UCUCUUUGUCGGUGGAGCUCCGCUGUUUCUUGUGCUGUAGCUCCGGUGGCGGCGGCACCCGUGGCAGCCCUGGCGGACGCAGGAGCGAUGGCAGCGACCGAUAUAGCUCGCCAGGUGUAUCGUAAUCGAGGCUGUGAUGAAUUUCCCUAUACAUGGAUCUUUGCACAGACAUGGUGAAGGCUGCCGAACUGUCCCCCUGGCUGGACAUGUGGGGUUUGACAGCUUGCCCGACCAGCUGGUGAAUAAGUCAGUCAGCCAGGGUUUCUGCUUCAACAUCCUGUGCGUGGGAGAGACAGGGUUGGGCAAGUCGACCCUCAUGGACACCCUGUUCAACACCAAGUUUGAGGGGGAGCCAGCCACCCACACGCAGCCGGGUGUCCAGCUCCGGUCCAACACCUAUGACCUCCAAGAGAGCAACGUGGGGCUCAAGCUCACAAUUGUGAGCACAGUGGGCUUUGGGGACCAGAUCAACAAGGAAGACAGCUACAAGCCUAUCGUGGAAUUCAUCGACGCCCAGUUCGAGGCCUACCUGCAGGAAGAGCUGAAGAUCCGCAGGGUGCUGCACGCCUACCAUGACUCCCGAAUCCACGCCUGCUUGUACUUCAUCGCCCCCACGGGUCAUUCCCUGAAGUCUCUGGACCUCGUGACGAUGAAGAAGCUGGACAGUAAGGUGAACAUCAUCCCCAUCAUUGCCAAAUCAGAUGCCAUUUCUAAGAGUGAGCUAACGAAGUUCAAAAUCAAAAUCACCAGUGAACUUGUCAGCAACGGGGUUCAGAUCUACCAGUUCCCGACAGAUGACGAGUCCGUGGCAGAGAUCAAUGGAACCAUGAACGCGCACCUGCCGUUUGCUGUCAUCGGCAGCACAGAAGAACUCAAGAUAGGCAACAAGAUGAUGAAGGCACGGCAGUAUCCUUGGGGCACGGUGCAAGUUGAGAACGAGGCCCACUGCGACUUUGUGAAGCUGCGGGAGAUGCUGAUUCGGGUGAACAUGGAGGACCUCCGGGAGCAGACCCACAGCCGGCACUACGAGCUGUACCGCCGCUGCAAGCUGGAGGAGAUGGGCUUCCAGGACACCGACCCCGACAGCAAGCCCUUCAGCUUACAGGAGACGUAUGAGGCCAAAAGGAACGAGUUCCUAGGGGAGCUCCAGAAGAAAGAGGAAGAGAUGAGACAGAUGUUCGUCCAGAGAGUCAAAGAGAAGGAAGCUGAACUUAAAGAGGCGGAGAAAGAGCUGCAUGAGAAGUUUGACCGCCUGAAGAAGCUACACCAGGACGAGAAGAAGAAACUGGAGGAUAAGAAGAAAUCUCUGGACGAUGAAGUGAAUGCCUUCAAACAGAGAAAGACGGCGGCUGAGCUGCUCCAGUCGCAGGGCUCCCAGGCCGGAGGCUCCCAGACGCUGAAAAGGGACAAAGAGAAGAAAAAUAAUCCAUGGCUGUGUACUGAAUAGUAUCCCCUGCUACAGCUGGACUGGACUCCAUUUAGCCUUUUAAAGCCAAGGCUCCUAUUUUAACUGACAGCUUUCCUUUGGGGUGCCAGGCAGCAUCCCCCACCCCUGCCGUGUACUUCACUUUGAGCCCCAUUUCUUCUUUUGAGUUCUGCCUCCGAGUCCACUGGCACUGAUCAUGACCUUCUUUUGUAUUUUUGUUUUUUUUUUUUUUUUUGAGGUUUUUUUUUUCCUUAUCGCCUUUUUUUUUCCUUCUUCUUCAAAAACACACAGUUAAACCAGGCUAUGCCAAAUUUUCCAGGCUUUUUGCAGUGUUGAGAAUGGGGAGGGGGUUUCCUCUCUUCCAUGGUAGGAAGCGAAAAGUAGAAAAAACAAACACACACACACACACUUUACAUUUUCUUGCUGGCAGAACACGCGCGCAGUUUUGUUGUGUAUUGUUUGGUGAGUCACUGAUUGGUUAGUGACCAGAGGCGAGUAUGAAAUAUAAGCUAGUUUCUUGAGAAACUAGAAAGGGCCUUUAGAAAGUCUCAUCGUGGAGCAUGUUUGGAGACCCCGUGCUUGGAGGUUCAAAACAGUAUAAAACACACAAAAACGUGGAUACUCAGCCAGUAGCUCAGAGAGAUGCUACGUUAAAGCUGUCAAGUCUCCUUGGGAAAGGCAUCCUAUUUGCAGCUUUGAUGUCUCCGUGUCCGGUUUUACAGCUAUUUCCGGAGAACCUCAAACUUAAACAACCAGUGGACCCCCAUUAUUCUGGGUUAUUAUUUGCAUUACAAGUAGGAGGCCCCCUCAUUUACAUUUGUUUACGGAUUAACUACUUGAGACCUGAGGAGUUCCGAAAACUUCAAAAGUAGUAGCCCACCCAGCCUUUGGGAGGACUUCAGGGACUAGGCAGAAAUUUCGCCUCGAGGGAGAAAUUUCGGUCCAUUAAACAUAAUGACCCGCUUCGCCCGCCCCUCCCCGGUAAGGGCAAUUGAGGCCCAGAGAGGUCCAGGGACUUGCCAGAUGUCCCAGUUCUGUUUCACAGCGGAAGCCAGGCGACAUUCAGUGUGUCCUGACUCCCGAUCCGUUUCACAACUGGAUUCAACCUGUUCCUAUAUGUUCCUGGAGACCCAGGUCUUUUGAUGUUCAGAGAAAAUGAAUAGUUAGCAUUACAGGGCCUUUGAAGGGUUUCUCCCCCCCCCCCCCCAGAGAAAAAUAUCUGAGGAUGGAUGGGUAGGGGCGGGCAAAGCAGCGGACCAGGCCAGCUCCUGAACUGAGUGUUUCUGCUGACGGUGCCUGUUGGCUGGUCGGCUUUCCUGGAAGUCUGGAGUGGGGCCCAGGCCUGCGAAUGUUUACCAGGUGCCCUAGAUGAUCCUCGUAAUCAAGGAAGUUUGGUAAACAAAAAAUCUAACCUGGGAGUGAACAUGAGGCCUUUAGAAAGCCGAUUCAAAGGGUUAAAAUAGUUAUUUUAUUGGGUAGCUUUUCUCACUGUAGACAGAAAGGGGUUUCUUUUUUCCUUCUGCAGUGAAAAGGCUAUUAAACUAGUACAAUGGUUAUUGUUUUUCUUAAGUACCCUAAAUACUCUGUUAACUUCAGGUGAAACAAAACCAGUCAUUAGGAAUGGUCCGAGCUUUCCUGGAAAAUCCCCACAUGUGAUCACGAUCAUGAUCACACACACACACAAACACACACGCGCACACACACACACACACACCCUCAUUUCUCUUAAGCCGAGAAGUUUGCUUUUCCUACCUGAGGUGCAGAUCACUUUUGGUUUUGGUUUUGGUUUUAAUCAUUUGGCAUUCACAUGUGGCUGUUUUUAAUUAAAACAAGAAGCUUUAAACUGGUGUGUGGUGUUCUUAAAAACCUUCUCGGCAGAUUUCCCAGUGUUUGCCGUCUAUCAGUGUCCCCAUCUCUAACCUGUCUUCUCCAAGUAUAAUCUCUGCUACCUCGCACUGCCCACUCCCCUUGCCUUGUCUUACUUUGGAUGUCCUUUUUCUUCGGCUAAUUUCGUGUUUUCUUUCUCUUUUCUCUCUCCCUCUCUAGCUUUUUUUAAUCUUGUCUCCAGCAGCUGCACUAAGUCUAAAGGAGAAGACUGCCAUUAUAGAAGAGUUAGGGUUCCAUAUUGUCUCAAACCAGAAACCAACCAACCCCCUCUCCCCUCAAACUGCGCGCGCGCGCACACACACACUGCACACUCCACAAGUGUUCAUGUGUCCCUGUGUCCAGGCAAGAAGCUCUCUCCUGACUUACUUGGUAUUUUAAAUGGAAAUGUCCUAACCUAACAAGGCAGGAAAAGAACCUUCAGAGCUGGAGAAUGGACCAAAUGUGACCUCAGAGAGACAACUGCAGACGACUCACCCAAGUGUAAGUGACUGGGGCCGGAGACCUCAGCUGUGGGUGUGGAUGUGCUGUUCACAAGUUUUCUGUUUUUCCUCUUUAAAUGCCAAUUCUCCGGUUCGAUGGGUUGACUGUCUAAGGCCACUAUUAAACAUCUUUGAAUACGGAAGAGAAAGCCACGCGACAGUCCUAUCUUCAGCAUUCACAGACCUUCUGCAGACCUCCCCUCCCAGCAAGGGGGGGAGUGGAUCCACUAACACUCAGGUGGGGAAGGGAGAGACAGGAGGUGGGUUUAAACUUAGAGCAAAAUGACUUCAUUCAACCCUCCAAGGCCAGUUGGGGUUUUGAGAGAGGGUUCUGUCCAACCCGGGUUCUGCAAGGAGAGCUUUGAUGUUGAGAAAUCUGCCUUGAAUUCAUUGGUUUAACUUGCAUCAAAAUACCAUGUAUGUGAGUGUGCUUAUUCCCGUAUAGCCCUACCACCAUCGCCAUUCCGCUGUCCAGGGUCUCCUGAGAGAGCCUCUUUGCAUGUUUUCCAGAAUCUGUGUUUGUUUUUCCUUUCUUCUCCUUUGUUCCCCUUUUUUUUUUUUUUUUUUUUGCUCAAGAGUGUGACCAGUCACUGCCCCUCUGGGGCUUUCAUUCGCCAGGAGAAACCUCCCGAAACCAGCACUGUUUAGCUUGGUACCUUUCUAAUGUCCAUGUCAAUUUUCAAUAAAAUUCAAAGAAAUGCUC